AUGCUCGUAGAGGGCCCAGGAGGGAGGAAAUCACCCUCAUCUCCCGCCCCCAGCCCUCUCCGCCGAGCGCCGCCGGUGGCCGGCAGCAGCAGCUCACUCAGGUUCCGAGAAAGUGAGGUCGGGCCUCCGGCCUUCCCUCAUAGGCCACCGCCCGGCCCACAGGCCCCGCCCUCAGGCCCCGCAGGCUCCGCCCCCCGCCUCAAACACCCGCAGCUCCCUCAGGUCUCGCUCCGGUCCUCCGGAUUCCUGCUCACCACAGUCUUGGUCCCGCCCUCAGGUCCGCCCGCUGCCUCAGGGCUGGAGUCAAGCGGCCCGCACCGCAUCCCACUCCACCCUCCUCCCACAGCCUCCUGUCCCCCCGGGGCAUCGGGAUUCCGAGCUCCGGGGGUCCUCGAGCGGGUUUUUCAGACCCCGCCCCGCCGGGCGCGACUUCCGGCCGCCGGGCCUCGGCAAAAUGGCGGCGUGGUGUGGAAUUCCCCGUGGGCUUUCCGCUAUCUGAGCUCAGCAUCCUGUGAGCCGGCGUUUGCUCUCUGGAGAAGGGGAAGAUGCUGGCAGUUAUUAUCUUGGAACCAUGAGAGAAGCCAGUCUGAGAAUGAUGUGGACCAAGGCGGAGAGACAGAGAUGUCCCAUCUACUGAGUCACUUUGGAAAUUGUAGCCCCUGCCGUGCUGGGCCAGGUCUGCACUGGAAGCUGGGCCUUCAAUCCAGGGAGAAGAGAUCCUGUCUGUCUGGUUUCCUGCUGUGUUCUUGGCAUCCACUGCAGCACCUGACACCUGCUGGGCUUUCAAUAGUGUCUGCUGAAUGAGGUCAUACCUGAUUGAUGGAGAAAUAAACAAAAUAAAUAAA